UUAUUUCUAGUUUAAAGUGCCUUACACAACGUUGUUAACUUACCAUUCCAAACCAUGGGUGAAUGCACAGGUUUAACAAAUAAAGAGGCUAAUGACUUAUGCUCUAAGCCGGAUUCCUCAACAUCAGACUUCAUAUUCCAACAGACGAUGUACAGGAUAAAAGACCCUAGGAAGUCUUUACCCUUUUACACUGGUGUACUUGGAAUGACUCUCUUACAGAAGUUAGACUUCUCCUGAAAUGAAUUCUCGCUGUACUUUAUGGGAUUUGAAAAGGCUUCGGAUGUACCUCAAGACAACAAAGAGCGUACAGCAUGGGCUAUGAGUAGAAAAGCUACGUUAGAACUAACACACAAUUGGGGCUCCGAACUAGAUCCCGACUGCACCUACCACACUGGAAACAGUGACCCCAGAGGUUUCGGACAUAUCGGUUUAAUGGUGCCUGAUGUGGAAGCUGCUUGUGAGCGGUUUGAAAAGCUCGGUGUGAAAUUUAUUAAGAAGCCACAAGAUGGUAAAAUGAAGGGACUUGCUUUUAUUUGCGAUCCGGAUGGUUAUUGGAUAGAGAUUUUUAAUGCAAAACAUGUAGCAACUAAUUGUACUGCUUAAAGGAAUUUAAAUGCUAUAUUUGUUGAAAUGAAAUUUAUUGUUCAUGCAUUUUUAUAGAGCUUUAUGAAUUUAAUAUAAGUAAUAUGCUUAAAAUGUUAUAUAU